ACACCAGGAGGACGACACACUGCACCCUAAUCCCUUAAUCCUUUUAAUCCGAACCAAAGGAAAAGAGGAAAGAAGGAGAGUUGAAGAAAGAAGAAAAAGAAAUGUCCCUCCCCUCCACCCCAACAUACACCUUCUCCAUCCCCUCCAUACACGACCGUCUUCGUCUAGACUGUCGCAUCUACCUGCCGCCGGAUCUGCCCAAGAGAUUACUCCGCGACAGUUCUGGGUUGCUGCGCGGGGCGAUCAUCGCGCAUCCGUACGCGCCGCUGGGAGGAUGCUUUGAUGAUCCGGUUGUGGGGGUGGUGGGUGGGGAGGUAUUGAGGUUGGGGUGUGUUGUUGGGAUGUUUAAUUUUCGGGGCGCUGGUGGUUCUGAAGGACGGACGAGUUGGACGGCUAGGCCUGAGUUGGCGGAUUAUGUCUCUUUCUAUGGGUUUAUGCUGCUGUAUUUGCAUUUUUUGAGGGAAAGGGCAGUACGGCAGGAGGGGAGGAAAGAGGAUGGGGGUAAGAUAAGGCUGGUUUUGGGUGGGUAUUCGUAUGGGUCGAUGAUUGCGUCGCAUUUGCCGAAGCUUCAUGAUGUUGUGGAUUUGGUGCGGUGUUCAUCGUCUGAGUCGCCGUUUCCUGAGAUCUACCAGAUCGCGGAGAAGUUGUCGCUUUGCUUGGGGUUGGGGGAGGAAAUGGAGCAGCCGAUGUAUCGUCCAGCUACGGUGGAGGAGAUAAGAUCCGCGGCGGAUUGCAUUAAACGCACUGCUGCUGUUUCUUAUCUCCUUGUGUCUCCGCUGCUGCCGCCGGUUAAUCAGUUCUUGACGCUAUUUUCAAAGAUGUCGCUUGAUGCGAGUGCGCAGAUAUCGUCGGCAUCCGGGGAAUGGAAACAGGGACAGAUACCCUGUCCCAAGCCGGCAGAUCAGCUGUGUGCGCAUGAGACAUUGGCUAUCUUUGGUGACGAGGAUACAUUCACGUCGGCGAGUAAAUUAGAGAAGUGGUCAGUCGAACUGGCCCAUGCACCAGGGAGUAGGUUCCAGGCGGUGGAGAUCGAGGGAGCCGGUCAUUUCUGGAGAGAACAUGGUGUCGAGGCUCAGGCGAGACAAGCUAUCCGGGACUGGGUGUGUCAGAUGUCGACAUCUUGAUAAGAUGGCUGGAUUAUUUUGACAUGUGUGGGUGGUCAGCC